AAGAAUUUUAUUGAGAAUUAAAUAGAACCACUUUUUAUCUUAUUGUUACACGCUCAACUAUUGGGCUUUUAUCCGCCAAUCAGAAUUGAGAACCGAGGUCGCCAUAAAAAGGCUGAGAAUCAGAUACGGACGACACUCACCGUCCGGUGAACCAUCCAGAGCCGCAACUUCAUCUUACAUACCCUUACAAAACCCAGAACUAACAUACUUGGAAGCAAACUAACGUCAUGGAUUUCUCUGAACAAGACGUGGAUAUCUUUGGGGAAGGAGGAGGUGGUUAUUCUUCGGCUUCUUCAUCGUCUUCAUCCUCAUCAGCCUCCUCGUCUCGAUCGUCCUCAUCGUCAGCUUCUUCCUCAUCCAACGGCAGUGACGGGAGACAGUCCAGCAGUGGCAGUGGAAGCGCCAGUAGCGGAGAAGAGAAUGGAGAAGAAGUAGACAACCUUACUAAAAUCAAUAAUAACAACAAUUAUUGUUACGAUAAUAACGAUAGUGAUAGAGGGUUUUGUGGCGGCUAUGAAGAAGAUGAUGAUAAAGAUCUAUUUGGUUCUGAUAACGAAGAUUACUGUAAAACCCUUGCCACCAGUCCUUUCCCUAUACCUAUAUUGCCUGUUAUACGCCAUAGCAACAAUCCGGGUGGUAGAGGGGGGUUUGGACGUGGUCGUUGGCAAAAUGAUAGGGGACCAGGCCUUCUGCCCCGACCAGGACCAUAUCCUCAAAGACAGGGUUAUGGCUAUGGCUCAAAAUUUUCAAAUGGUCGUCAUGAUGAGCGGUUUGUUUCAGAAUUUAAGCUUACUAGGAGUGAAGAAACAUUAUCAAGAAAAGCUAUAACUUUACAAGAGCCAUGUGAACUUGCUUGCUAUAGUCGCGUAGAAGGUGGACAAGUCUACAACGAUGACCGCAGCUUGAGGCUUUUUAAGCGUCUCAUCUCUGAAGAUGUUGGAGCUGACCUAAAUCAAGGUUAUGACACUUUUAUUGAAAAAAAAGACUUAGGCUCAGAGGGUUUUGGCGACUUGCUUGCCUGCAUAAGAGACAAAAACAUCCCACUUCAAAACAUGCAUUUUGUGACUUUCCGAAACAACCUUAAUAAGAUUCUGGCUACUGCUUACAUCCGACAUGAACCUUGGGAAAUGGGAGUGCAUAAAAGGAAUGGAGUUGUUUAUGUUGAUGUGCAUAAAUUACCGGAAAGACCAAAAAGUGAGUUAGAUCGUCGAAGAUGUUACUGGGGGUACUGUUUUGAGAGCCUUGCCACUGAAGAUCCAAGAAGAGCUGAUGGAGAAGGGAUACAUAACGUAGAUGCCAAUGUUGAGUACUGUGCUGUGAUCAAAACCAAAUUAGGGGCUCAUCGUCUUCUGAUGGGUGCUGAGAUGGACUGCUGCGACUCAACUGAUGAAGGAAGAAGGUUUUAUGUGGAGUUGAAGACCAGUCGUGAGCUGGAUUAUCAUACCGAGGAAAGAUACGAGAAAGAGAAACUUCUCAAGUUUUGGAUUCAAUCUUUCCUGGCUGGUGUUCCUUUUAUUGUUGUUGGAUUUAGGGAUGAUUCAGGUCGACUGGUUCGUACAGAGAGACUAAGAACCAAGGAUAUUACACACAGAGUGAAAAUGAAGAAUUAUUGGCAGGGAGGAGUAUGCUUAGCGUUUGCUGACGAAGUUCUAUGUUGGCUCUAUGGAACAGUCAAAGAUAAUGAAGAUUAUAUAUUGCAAUUUGCUCCGCCAUUCAAUCGAUUAGAGCUUCUCCAAGCCCAUUCUUGCCCAGAAGAAAUUACCAAGCAUGUUGAGGAAUUGUAACCAUUUGGAUAUUAUUUUUUUGAAACUCGAAUAAUGAUCUAAAUACAAAGAGUUUUAACUGAUGAGGCAAGAAAUUUUAUUACGCCAAGGAACCCCCUGAAUGUUGGGUGGACUGGUGCCCAAAAUCAAACGAGUGGAUCCCUUGUUUAGUCUUCAAAAUUGUGCUCAGCCCUGAGGGAUUUCGCCGUUUGCUUUGAUAAGAUUAGCCAUUGUAUUGUAAUCUUUAUUGCUUGAAUGAAAAACUAAAAACGAAAUGGCUGUAUCAUGUUGUAAUUUAAUUUGUGGUUGAAAUUAUAACAAUUCUCAUGUAACAUUUUCAUGUGAUCAA